AACGAGUGAGUUUGCGACGAGAUGUUGCAUGCCGCUCAAAUAGCCUAUGGCCUUAUGUGCCUGGUGCGAAACGUAUCAUUUUCGCAGACUGGCGUCUUUUUUCUUGCUCUUAUCCUCGCCGCAUGGGCACUCCGCGGCAUAUACCGCGUCUACUUUCACCCGCUCGCUGGCUUCCCCGGCCCAAGGCUCGGAGCAUUCACUCGGUUGCCUCGCAAUAUCGCAGUUUGGAGGGGUUGUCUACACAAAUAUGUCCAGGCGCUGCACGUACAAUAUGGCGACGUGGUACGCGUAGGCCCUAACGAGCUAAGUUUUCUUCACCCAGAUUCCUGGCGUGACAUCUACGGCCAUGGCCAUGGCCAAGGUAAGGGCAGUAGUGGCUCGGUGCCUCCAAAAGACUGGCUCUGGGGUGGCCUUAUCGCCCCCAACGGCGUUGCAUCUAUACUAGAGGAGCAGAACCCCGAGGAUCACUUGCGCGUGCGACGAAUCUUUGAGCCCGCCUUCUCUGAUCGCGCACUAAAGGAACAGGAGCCGCUGUUUAUGAAGUAUGUGGACCAGUUAGUACAAAACCUGAGGGGCGAACUACGCGAGCAACCAGAGAAGCGUUUUGAUAUGGUGAGGAACUACAACUUUGCCUCAUUUGAUAUCAUGGGCGACUUGACGUUUGGAGAGCCAUUGCACAUGCUGGACGAGUCUAAGUACAACCCUUGGGUGUCUCUCAUUUUCGACUCUAUCAGAGUCACGUGCAGGUUCAAUCUUAUAAAACAAUACCCAUGGCUUUCUCGCAUCGUCACAGCCAAUCUUCCUGAGAGUGUGCGCAGGACGAGGCAGAAGCACUUUCAGUACAGCGUUGAUCGAGUCUCGAAGCGUAUCGAACGCGGCAGGACAACUGAGGGCCGUGAUUUGUGGGAUCAUGCACUGAAGCAGAACAAGGAUAAGCAGUUGUCCCGCUCGCAAAUGGACUCAAACGCGACUGCUUUCAUGGUUGCGGGGACCGAAACUACAGCCACGCUACUCUCGGGUGUAACAUAUCUUCUUCUGAAGAACCCAGCUACAUUUGAGAAGCUUAACAUUGAGAUUCGCGGCGCCUUUGCAGACUCAAGCGAUAUGUCCAUGGAGGCUUUGGCUACACUGCCGUACCUUACUGCCUGCUUAAAGGAAGCGCUGCGUCUCUAUCCCCCAAUACCAGUUGGUUUGCCACACUUCACGCCUGCAAACGGCUCCACAAUCUGCGGGCAAUUCGUCCCGCCAAAUACCAUUGUCGGUACCCCACAGUACUCUAUGAACAGAGACCCGCAGAAUUUUCGAGAGCCGAACGCCUUCGUGCCUGAGCGUUGGCUAGGCGACGACAAGUUCGCAAAUGAUCGGAGACAUGCGAUGCAACCAUUCUCCGUAGGAACCAGAAACUGCCUGGGCAAGAACAUGGCCUACCACGAGAUGCGACUCAUCCUCUCAAAGGUGGUUUACAAUUUCGACAUGCUGCUCUGUGCGGAGAGCGAGCAGUGGACAGAUCAGAGGGUGUUCACGCUGUGGGAGAAGAGGCCGCUGAUGGUGAAGUUGAGGGACACGAGGGCUUGA